AUGAUGCCACUGAAUGUUUCUUUGAUAAAAUACGACAAUCCAUUACUUAUUACCAAAAAUUUAGAUAAAAAAUCCCCCGGGGCAGCUACGUUGAAGGGAACUCAGACGAUUACAGACUCCUCAAACUUACCUUGUGUGUCACCCAGAGGAAAGGCAUGUUUAAGUGAAUCUAAAAGCAACCAACAAACAGAAGAAAUAUUAAAUUCGAUUCUUCCGCCUAGAGAGUGGAGUGAAAACGGUCAGCUAUGGAUACAGCGUGCUUCCAGCACACCAGCAACACGACUUGACGUCAUUAAUUUGCAGGAAGAGCUCGAUAGACGAUUGCAACAGCGUCAAGCUAGAGAGACUGGGAUAUGCCCAGUUCGCAGAGAACUAUACAAUCAAGUAUUUGACGAACUAAUAAGGCAAGUGACCAUUAACUGUGCCGAACGCGGUUUGCUUCUCCUUCGCGUCCGCGACGAGAUAAGAAUGACAAUAGCUGCAUACCAGACUCUUUAUGAAUCAAGCGUAGCAUUUGGUAUGCGUAAAGCUCUUCAAUCUGAACAAGGGAAGGCAGAUAUGGAACGAAUGAUUGGUGAUUUAGAACAAGAGAAAAAAGAUCUGGAAAGACAAGUAUAUGAGUUAAAAACAAAAUGUGAACAGAUUGAAAAACGAGCAGCAGAACAAAGACAAUUAGAAGAAAAGAAACAUCAAGAUGAAAUACAGUUUUUAAAGAGAAAUAAUCAGCAACUAAAGGCUCAAUUGGAUGGAAUUAUGAAUCCGAAGAAAUAG